GCGGGCGUUCUACACAUGCGCACCGUUGGGCGGGCCUUCUUCCUUCUCGCCGAACGCCGCCAAGAUGGUGUUCAGGCGCUUCGUGGAGGUUGGCCGGGUGGCCUAUAUCUCCUUUGGGCCUCAUGCCGGAAAGCUGGUCGCGAUUGUAGACGUUAUUGAUCAGAACAGGGCUUUGGUUGAUGGACCUUGCACACAAGUAAGGAGGCAGGCCAUGCCAUUCAAAUGCAUGCAGCUCACUGACUUCAUCCUCAAGUUCCCACACAGUGCCCGCCAGAAGUAUGUCCGAAAAGCCUGGGAGAAGGCUGACAUCAAUACAAAAUGGACAGCCACAAGAUGGGCCAAGAAGAUUGAAGCCAGAGAAAAGAAAGCCAAGAUGACUGAUUUUGAUCGUUUUAAAGUCAUGAAGGCAAAGAAAAUGAGGAACAGACUAAUAAAGUAUGAAGUAAAGAAGCUUCAAAGGGCAGCUCUCCUGAAAGCUUCUCCCAAGAAAGCAGCUGCUGCCAAGGGAACUGCACCCACUGCAGCAACAGCGGCUGCGAAGGUUCCAGGCAAGAAGGCGGCCCCUGCAGGCAAGAAGGCUCCUGCUCAGAAGGAGAAAGCUCCUGCCCAGAAAGAAAAAGCUGCAGGCCAGAAAGAGAAACCCGCAGCCCAGAAGGCUGGUGCUCCAAAAGCUCAGAAGGGUCAGAAAGCUCCAGCCCAGAAGACACCUGCUCCAAAGGCAGCAACCGGCAAGAAAGCAUAA